AUGUCACUCUCCGACCACGCGCAAAAGCUCACCAACACUCUCGAGCAAGCCAAGCUCGUCCCGGGCUCGGAGGCGGCGCUGAUACCGGAGGGCUUCCGACCCACGACCAAGCUCGAGGUCUCGUUCGCGGGUAAGGUUGUCGACGCGGGCAACUUCUUCCGCGCGGGCGAGUGCAAGCUCGCGCCCAGCAUCUCCUUCGCGGCCGAGGAGGAGUCGGAGGCGUCGCCCGGCGCAUCGUACACGCUCUUCCUGACGGACCCGGACGCGCCUACACCGGACAACCCGCAGUUUGCCUUUUGGCGCCACUGGGUUCUCCCCGGGCUGCAGCCGCUCAGCGGAGGUGCGGUUGUCGGGCAGACGAAGCCGGCUUUGACGGAGUUUCUCGGGCCUGGGCCCAAGGAUGACUCAAAGCCGCACAGGUACCUCUUCUUGCUCUACCGGGAACCUCAGGGUCUGGAUCUCAAGAAGGAGGACGUCGGCGGGGAGGAGUUUGUGCAGAGACGGUCAUGGAAACCUGCUGAGUUUGCCGAGAAGCAUGGGUUGAAGCUCGUCGGAGUGAACUGGAUGACUUGCGCUGGCGAUGGUUGGACGGAGUGA